AUGGUCUCUGUAGAAAUAAUUGACCUUACUACACCUCCCCCGAUCCCACAGCCUUCGACUGUUCAUCUUGACUCAUCGCAUGCGGUGCAAGUAGAAGAAGUUACGGAGGCUGCGACGAGUCAAAAACCAAGGCGAAAACGCAAACGAAAAUCUAGAAAUUCACAUAACAGUCCAGCUACCACGGCCUGUCCGUCCUCCAGGAGUUCCCCGGAUAGAGAGCUUGAUUUCGAAGCACAGGCAAAGCGGAAGCGCUCAGACCCUUCUUCAAGUGGUAGAACCAGCCAAGAAAAUGGCCUUCAGGAUAUCACUGAUAAACAAGAUAAUCUUCAAGCUGAAGAUCAAGAUCUGUUCUAUGUAGACGUUACUCCGGUUCCAGUGCCCUCUGCGCGUCAAAUAAUGGCAGAAAGGUCCAAUGAGCCUGUUGAAACAUCAGGAAAGCUGCUUGUUCCUGCGCACGUUACUGUUUUGGGAAGCACUCCUGUGGAAAUAAUUAGUCAACCCGCUGUGGACUCUGAAGAUGAGAACUUCAUUGACUAUCUUGACUAUGAUGAUUCUAAGCAUACGCUUCGAUACUUUGAUGAUACCCCUAAUGAGGCUAUUGCUCUCAAUCGAACUGUGUGCAAAAACUGUGGUGCGGAAGGAGAACAUAAAACCUCGGCCUGUCCAGUUAUGAUUUGUCUGACAUGUGGCGCCCGGGACGAACAUUCUACACGGUCAUGCCCUAUAAGUAAAGUUUGCUUUACUUGCGGGAUGAAAGGGCAUAUCAACUCUAAUUGUCCUAAUCGACGGUCAGCCCGUGCAUUGAUGGCAAUUAGUGAAUAUGAAUGUGAUAGAUGCUCUUCAUCUCGACAUCAAACCAACGAAUGCCCGACGUUAUGGCGCAUGUACGAGUAUUUUGGUACUGAGGAACAAACUUGGACUCUCAAUGUCCGACAAUCCAAGAAAGAUCUGAGGCUUGGUGAAGGCGGCGAAGGCUUUGUGGGCGACGAUGAAUGGUGCUAUUGUUGUGGAGGUCAUGGACAUUGGGGAGAUGACUGUAACGACCAAGAAGAGAACCGAUUCCCAGAAGAUUUUUCUGCUUUCAGCAAAGUUAACGUUAUGAAUGGCCCGUUCUAUGACCCCGCAAAAGAAUUGAAAAAGUUCAAAUCAAAUACCAAAAGUCGCGUCCGGGACUGGGACAAAGAUAAUCUGUCCUGGGAUAAAGAUGCACCUAGUAAUGUUGGGCGGCGAGCUAGAAUGAAAUCGAGGGCUAUAUUAGCACAGCAAGAACAACACGCCGAAGCAGAUUCUAAUGAUUGGUUCAGUAACUCAGCCAAGCACCGUAGCGGACUACCGCCAAAACCUAAAAGCUCCUUAUCCAUCAAUUUUAAAUCAUCUCUAGGCACGGCUAAGUCGCACAGCAUGCCCAACAACAAUCCUAGCCUGUUAGCUCGUAUAAGUGAACCCUCACAGGACAAACAUCGAUCGAACCGCUCCGAUAAACGCUACUUAGGGGAUGGUUGUUCGAGUUCACGAAGGAAUCAUCAUGAGCAUUCUAGACGCGAUGACAAGUCAUCUUUGGAUCACUAUUCAGGCAGGAACCGCCGUCACGUCGAUUCCGGACCCCGUUACAAAGGCGGAUAUGGGAAGUAA